ACAAAAUGGAGUCGUCCGUAGUGUCCUCUUUAGUUCAUAUGAUACAGACUUACUCCGAGACAACCGCAUUAAAGGCGUGUAUAGAAAAGGCUAACAAGAAAACUAUUGAACAGUACAAAGGAGAAAAUGGAAUGGAUGUUUUACACUACGCUAUCAUCGCAAACAAUGUGGAAGCAGUGAGUCUAUUAUUUCAUAAGGGUAUAUUUAAACCACCCCACGAGUCUUCGUCGUUUCCGUACAUGCAUUUAGCAGCAAGGUUGGGGCAUAAAACGAUUCUAAACAUGUUGCUCCAGGAACGUCCUUUAGACAACGUUCCAGCAGUUUUCAAUUACAAGUCGACCGGGGAUCGUUACAAAGAGAACAAGACAGACGACAGGGAGGCAAAUGAAACCAAACAGACGCCGUUAGAUUUGGCGGGAAAAAGUGGACACGUGGGGUGCAUAAAAACUAUACUGGACCACUUUCAUGGGAAAUUUGUACAAGGAAAAAGAUUUAAAGGCAACGAAGCAUACAUUGAAAUGGCGUGUCAGCUUGAUUCCCCGUAUGCCCUAUGUACACUUUUAUCAGAUCGCCCGUCCGAUGAAGAGAUCAAAAGUGCAGUCGGUGCCGCUUUAAAAAAUGCAAGACCAGAAUGUUUAGACGUUUUAUUACAACUAAGAACUGAUCUAUCGACAUUAUUCGAAGGGAUGAACUUAUUCCAUGUCCUAUAUUCCUAUACUUUAUCUUUUGAUAAAAAAUGGUAUGAACGUUUACUGGCCGUCACAACUAUUUUGAUUAAACAUGGACACAAUGUUGGGGCAUCAAUUCCAUUCCGCACCUACCCAUUAUAUAGCCUACUUUCUCAUUCAGCUUGUCACGAUUUUGACAAUUCUUCAAACUAUAUUAUUGCAUGUUCCCUUCUGUUGCUCAAUGCAGGCGCGGAUCCAAACUUUGAUGAACUUCAAUUUGAAAAAGAUUUUGAGGAUAUGAGAAUUAGAUCUGCGUUUGGUAGAUGUGGAUUUUCUUCGGGUUUACACUGCUUAUUUCAAACGGUGGAACAAUAUGCCCUUCAAAUGCAGGGAUAUCGGUAUUUGAAGGUGUAUAUGAGCAAAUGUGGAGCAGUUUUACUAAAACAUAGAGGUAAUCCUAAUUAUGUCGGAGAGAUCGAUAGUUCUAUUAACCAAUUAGGUAACAGCCUGCAUGCUCUUAGCAGAACUAUCGUCCUUACCGGUGUAGACGACAAACUGAUCAAACUUCUUUUACAAAAUGGGGCGGAUCCAAACCUGAAGAUCGACAAUCAUUUCCCCAUAACAGUUCUAAUUGGAAAACUUUUUGAACUUGAUAGCGAGGAUCAGUGUCUACUUCGAUCAUCAGAUGUUGAACAUAUUAAAAUCAUGAUAAAUGCAAUGAUACCAGCUUCGAUUCAAGAAAGUUUGAAAAUAAUAGACCAAAUAGAAAAAGAUAAGGAACCGUUUCCUCCAAAACAAGAUAAAAGAACGGAGGUGUACUGUAAAAUUAAAAGUUACUGCAUAGAAAGUGUCACACACGUUAGGAGCUUAAAGAAGAUUUGCAUGCAAAGAAUUUAUACUAUCUGUGACAGAAAGAUACCAAAAGUAUUGAAAUUACCUCUACCCACCACUAUUAAAAUGAGCAUCGUUGAUUUCCAGUAAGAGUUGUCUAUCUUGAACUGGAAUAUAUACGUAAAUGUUUUGAGCUGACAGUUUGCAAAUUUUUGGGGGAAAAUAUGAAGUUCUUGUAUUUUCACUCACACUGUGCAUAAUAUUCAUUUAAUAAAUGUCGAAAACGCAAAA